AUGGCCACAGCCCUCUUGGCAGUGACUGUUUGCGCGAUCCCGAUCCACGAAUCAAAGAGCGACACUCAAAACGAACGAGCACCGAUGAUCCAGCCUCGCGACCCGCAGAGAAUAAUCCCUGAUACUACGGACUACCUUAACGAUAUGCUGGAUAUUCUGGGCUUGGACUCGGUACUACUCCCAUCACCGACUCCACCUGCGGAGACCCCAGCCGCAACAAAGGGCGUCGAGCAAGAAGUAAUCGCAACACCCACAGCGACUCCUGCCAUGGCCUCGAUGAAUUUGACACCUUCCCCAACCUGGAAUGUAGAGCAGGUGACCUAUUCGACGACAAUCAAGACCGAGAAUAUCAAGCCGAUUGAGAAUAUCCAGAUUGGAGCAGGCUGGAAGGGCUCCAACCACAUCCAAGCUUCUGACGUGCCUUUCAUCAUGAACGCUGUUUACUCGGCCCUUGCGGAUCGAUUCAAUGACGUGGUUGAUAGCUCUGAUGAGGUCGGUCUUGAGAAAUGA